AUGAAGAUUUGUACUGUUGCCUUGAUCGCAACCUUGAUGGUUGUUUUUGCUGUUGCUGCUAAUGCUCAACAAAAUUUUAAUAGAUUGCCAAGACUUAAUGUUAGAAAGCAAAGCUUUACUGUGUCUGGUAUUUCUUCUGGAGCUUUCAUGGCCCAACAAUUUGCUGUUGCUUUCUCAAAGACUGUUACCGGAACUGGUGUUGUUGCUGGUGGUCCAUAUUAUUGUUCUCUUGGUAACGAAUUCGUUGCUCUCGACAGCUGUAUGAAGAUUCCACAAAUGAUUGAUUUGUCAAUCAUUCAAGACAUGAUUAAGGAAAUGGAAUCAACUGGUGCUAUCGAUCAUUCAAGCAAUGUUAAGAACCACAAGUUCUACCUCUUCUCUGGUACUGAUGAUUUCAUUGUUUUCCAAGGUGUUAUGAGAAAGCUCCAACAACAAUUGUACACCACUUUCCAAGUCCCAAUUUCUAACAUUGUUACUGACUUUAAGACUCCUGCUGUUCACGGUUUCAUCACCAAUGAUUAUGGUAAUGCUUGUGCUAUGUUUGGUAGUCCAUUCAUUAACAAUUGUGGUUUGGAUCAAGCUAAGAUUAUCCUUGAAACUGUCCUUUCUACCAAGUUGAAUGCUUCUCAACCUAUUGAUAGAAACCUUUUCACUUUCUCUCAAUCUGGUAACUACACUGCUACCAGCUUUGAUGAAAAGGGUUACAUUUACAUUCCAACUUCUUGUCAAGCUAAUCGUGCUCCAUGUGUUGUUCACUUGGCUUUCCACGGUUGCAACCAAGGUGUUCAAAGCGUUGGUGAUGUUUUCGUCAAGCAUUCUGGUUACCUCAAGUAUGCUGAAAGCAAUAAUAUUGUUGUUGUUUUCCCUCAAGUCAGAAAGACUGAAUCAUUCUUGGUCAACCCAGAAGGUUAG